AGCUAGCCGGGAAAGGCGGGGCCGACUCUUAGCUCACCUCCUCGGCGUAGGACGGAAGUCUCAGCCCACUCGACCUCCCGCGGGAACCCUGACUGAGAGCCGGGCCUCGCCCCACGGGGCGGCGGGCCUGGGUGUGCUACGGCGCGGGCGGCGUCAUGAAGCGUGCCGGGACUCUGCGCCUGCUUACGGACCUGAGCAACUUCAGCGGCGCGGCCCAGCUCCGGGAGUUGCUGGCUGGGGACCCAGCUGUCCGAGUCCGCUGCAGCCCGGACGGCCGCCACCUGCUGCUGCUGCGACCCCCGGGGGCGCCGGCCCCGCAGCUGCUGGUCGCGGUGCGUGGACCCGGCCCAGAGCUGGAACGUACCUGGCCAGCUGGCCAGCCCUCACCGCUAGAUGCCUUCUUCCUGCCGUGGCCCGCGCGACCGGCUCUGGUCCUGGUGUGGGAGAGUGGCCUAGCCGAGGUGUGGAGCGCGGAGAUGGGGCCUGGCUGGCGGAUGCUGCAGAGCACCGAGUUGUGUCCGGGUGGUGGAGCCCGCGUAGUGGCCGUGGCGGCGCCCCGAGGCCGCCUCGUGUGGUGCGAGGAGCGUCAGGCCAGCGCUGAGGGCCAGGUAGGGCCUCCCGCGGUGGCUUUCAGCCACUGUGUGUGCGUCCGGACUCUGGAGCCCAGCGGGGAGGCCGGCACCAACCUGGGCCGAACCCACAUCCUGCUGCACCACUGCCCCUUUUUCGAGCUGCUGGCCUCCCGCAAGGACGUCUUCCUAGUGCCCACUGCCACCACCUGGCCUGGUGUGGGCCACAUUCUGCUCAUCUGGAGCCCAGGCAAGGGCAAGGUGGUGGUGGCUGCCCCGUGUCUUGGCCUCUCCCACAGUAAAAGCCUAAAUCCUGGACGAGGGGACACAUGGGACUUCCGGACCCUGCUCCGAGGCCUUCCUGGGCUGCUAUCCCCCAGACAGCCAUUGACUGUACAUACCUGGGCCCCAACUCCCCAUGGCCUGCUGUGGCUUGACUUUAGAGGUACUGUGAGCCUCGUGCAGCCCCACGGUGGUACCCGGACUGUUGGCACCCUGCAGGAGGCACCAGUUUGUUUGGCAGGGUCUGCAGCACUGGGCACAUUUCAUGGCACUCUGGCCUGUGUGCUAGGCUCCACAUUAGAACUGCUGGACAUGGGCAGUGGGCAGCUGCUAGAGAGGAAGGUCCUAAGUACAGACCGAGUACAUUUGCUGGAACCCCCAGCCCCUGGCACGGAAGAUGAGGAAGAGCUGGAGACCCGAGGUGGUCUUCAUUUGCUUUCAGCCUUGGGUCUGUUUCGAGUAGGCUGGGGCACCCUGCAGGGCCUUGAGCUGCCUUCAGCUGAAGACCUGGUGUUUGAGGAGGCCUGUGAGUAUUACCAGCGUCGGAGCCUGCGGGGUGCGCAGCUUACCCCAGAGGAACUGAGGCACAACAGCACGUUCCGGGCGCCUCAGGCCCUGGCUUCCAUCCUCCAGGGUCAUGUAUCCCCAUCUACACUAUUGACCACACUGAGGGCCGAGCUUCGGGAUUACCGGGGCUUAGAGCAUCUCAAAGCCCAGCUGGUGGCUGGGGAUGAGGAGGAGGCUGGCUGGACUGAGCUGGCAGAGCACGAAGUGGCUCGCCUGCUGAGGACUGAGUUGGUGGGAGACCAGCUGGCUCAGCUCAACACCAUUUUCCAAACCCUUCCUACAGCAGCCUGGGGUGCCAUCCUCAGGGCCCUGCAGCUCCAGCCAGAUGGGAAUGGCAGGCUGAGAUCCCAAGCUCCCCCUGACGUGUGGAAGAAGGUACUGGCGGGUACAGCAACUGGAAAGGAACCACCAAAUGGGAUGCUGCCCCUCUUUGAACUUUUGUGCCAGUGCCUCUGCCGGCUGGAGCCACAAUGGCUGCCACCCUUUGUGGAGCUGGCACAGCAGCAGGGUGGGCCUGGCUGGGGGGCAGGGGGUCCAGGGCUGCCCCUCUAUCGCCGAGCCCUGGCAGUACUAGGUAAGGAUGGGACUAGGCCGGAAGCACUAGAGCUGGACCUGCUCUUGGGUAGUGGGCGGCCCAAAGCUGUGCUCCAAGCUGUGGGACAGCUGGUGCAAAAGGAGCAGUGGGAGCGGGCUCUAGAGGCUGGCCUGGCCCUCAGCCCUUCCAGUCCCCUGCUUCGAAGUGAGAUCUUCAAACUGCUGUUGGCUGAAUUUGCCCAGCACCGUCGACUUGAUGCCCACCUCCCCCUCCUUUGCCGCCUGUGCCCACCAGACCUAGCUCCAGCUGAGCUCCUGCUUCUACUGCGGACACACCUCCCAGAUGAGUUGGAGCCCCCCACCCCAUUCCCUGAGCCUGGGGCAGAGCCUUCUCUCACUGUGGGCUUGCUCAGAGCCCUGCUGGAGCAGACUGGGACUCAAGGACAGCCCUCAGGGCCAGUUCUAAGCCUGUAUGAGGACAUCCUAGGGGACUCAGGCACUCCACCCCCCACCCCACCUCGAGGACCUAUCACAACCCUCCAGGCAUCAGAGCACCCAGGCCUGGAGGCCUGGGCAUUACCAGAACAGGGCCUUGGUGUAACUGACACAGGCUGAAAAUUGUUUCUAGAACUCAGUAAUCAGGGAAGGGUGCCUAGGAGUUGGAAGGGGCCAGGGUGGGACCUGUGGGUGCAAUACUCUUCUCUCUUUUGGAGCAACCUUUAUAUAUAUAUGUUAAAUAUUGUGGUAUAAAAAAUAUGUUUGGUCUUUGUCCUCAGAUUUCUGUUCUAGUACAAAGCUCCUAAAACCCUUGGAACUUCCCAAGUGAUAGAAGUGUCUUGUUAUAACAAGCCCCUUUAGAUCAAACCUGUAUUUAUACUAAUGAGGUAACUUAAUGUGGGGACCCCUAGCCUCAGGGUGGAGCUGAUCUCCAGAAAGGCCAAGUGAUGAGAGGGUUGGAACUUUCAGCCCCAUCUUCAGCCUCCUGAGAGGGGAGUGGGGCUAGAGAUUGAGCUCUGUAAAAACUCCUGAACAGGGAAAUUUGAUGAGCUUCUGGCUUGGUGGGAGGGUGACACACCCAGAGAGGGCAUGGGAGCCCCAUGCACACACCCCAUACCAUGCCUUGCCCUCAGUAUCUCUUCCAUCUGGCUACUGUGUCCUUUAAUAAACCUGUAAACAUAA